AGUGCAUGUUCGGUUCUGUUGUAUUUCAUUGCAAGAAAAUCUGUCUGAUUUUCCCUCUCCUCUCUCUCUCUCUCUCGAAACCGAACUGCCAUGGCUCCCAUGACUCUCCCUCCUGGUUUCAGGUUUCACCCAACUGACGAAGAGCUUGUCGCAUACUAUCUGGACAGGAAAAUCAGUGGUCGUACGAUCGAUCUCGAGAUCAUCCCAGAAGUUGAUCUUUACAAAUGCGAGACUUGGGAUUUACCAGAUAAGUCAUUUUUGCCGAGCAAAGACAUGGAGUGGUUCUUCUACAGCCCAAGGAACAAGAAAUACCCUAACGGGUCGAGAACCAACAGGGCAACGCGCGGCGGGUAUUGGAAAGCGACGGGGAAGGAUAGGGCGGUGCAGAUGUCGGGGUCUCAGAAGAGGGCGGCGGUGGUUGGUAUGAAAAAGACUUUGGUUUAUUACAGAGGUAGGGCUCCCCACGGCAUCAGAACCAAUUGGGUCAUGCAUGAAUAUCGCUUACUCCACUCCGCUUCUCCCACUGUUCCUUCCAGUUUAAAGGAUUCAUAUUCUUUAUGCCGCGUCUUCAAGAAGAACAUACAAAUUCUCAAAACAAAAGUAGCAACCGCAACUAUUGAGAACAACCAGUCAUUUGGUGAUGAAAUUUCAAGAGGGAGAGAGUUCGAAGUUGAUGUUGAAGACGAGAAUUUCAAUGCUUCUUCCUCGGAUGUCACUCAAGGAACUCCCAACGAACCUGGCAUGGUUGAUGAAUACCAAGCUCCAUUCAUCUCGAACGAAGCUAAUAGUUCAACUGAUUUGAGUUCUAUCGAUCUCGAUUUCUCCUCCGACCUAAUUCAGGAAAUGCAGGUUCCGGGCUACACAAAUCUUCGUUACCAUGUUCCAUAUCCACCAUUGAAGCUAGAAGAUUUCCCACAGAUAAAUAUUAUAUCAGAGACGAAGGUCGAGAUAAUCGAUGAGUACAUGAUGUAUGAUAAGUAAAGGACUACGUGAACGGGUCAUUAGAAGAGAUUUUCUCACUGUGUGCCUCUCAUGACAAUUCCAUGCAUGAUUGAAAACGCACUAACAAAAAACAUCACUUUUGACAACAUCAAUAU